ACAAAAUGGCGGACAAAAUGAAUUUCUGUACUGGAUCUCGUGCAUUUUCUUGAAAAAUCCCAAUAGAUUGGACCUGCAAUCCGAUUUCCGCGCGUGAUUUGAAUGCUGUCACAAAAAAAGGCUUGUUUUUCGGUAAAUUUCCUGAUUGUCUUUGAUGGAAUCCAAUGGCGUCCUCAAAUUCGGCGACUCCUUUACCAGGUCAUGAAAAAACGUCAAAAGCGGCCACCGGUAGUGAUGGUAAGGAGGAAACUUUAACGGGCAGAAGCAGUUGCUCGACUCAUCUGCACUCUUCAAACUCAAACAUACCCGAAAUUCCCGAUAUACCGUCGCCUCUGCUACGCCCUCCGAAAGUUAAGAGUGCUGCUGUAUUAGCCAGUAAGUAUAAUAAUGCUCUACACGGUUCUGCGUCUUUGAAAUGUGUUAUCCAAUAUCUUAUAAACUACACUGCGUAGAAACCUUAGGCGUGUAUGACUAUGCAGUUGCAGUUUUCUUACAUUUUAUAACCAUACACUAAUUCAAUUCUCUUGGCUACAUCCCAGCUACAUAUGCAACUCACCACACUCAAUUUCAUUUUGAUUCUUUGUCUUUGCUGUCAAACUUAGAAAACCGUGGAGCCCUGAAAAAUUUCAGGAAUGUUGAUUGUGUACUGGCCAAUCAAAAUAAAGUUCACGAUAUGCAAGCAAACCUCAAAACCACAAACCAAUUGAUAAUAAUAAUAAUUCUUUAUUGAUAUAAAUAAGUACACAAAUUACUGUUUACAAUUACCGUUGCUGUUUGCGGUUUAGUUGUCUUGCGCCUUAUUGGCUUAUUUCUCACAACACAAUAACAUUCUAUAAAUAUUUCUGGUGUCCACGGUUUUGUGAAUUUGACAGUAAAAUGUGUUUGCCAAAGGUUAAAGUAUAUUCUUUGACUUUAUAUUUCAUUUUCACCACCUACCAUUAAUUUUAUACAGUAGCCUGUGUACAGAUCCCCCCUACCCUCAAAAAAAAAAAAGGGUGAGAAAAAUUUUAUCCUUUCAUGUUAACUUUUCCAAACUUGAAUCUUACAAAUUAAAACUUGACUGGUUCUCUGUUAAUUAUCAAAUCUGGUUUUAACAGCCACACAGAAACAAACUGCUUCUCCUGAACAGAUCAAGAACAAGGAAUCUCAUGAAAACCUUGACAGCGUAAUAAGAAGUCAAGUUGGCAGACAAGUAGACAGAGUGUUUGUAUGUACCGGAAAAAUUGAUAAGUUAAAAAAUACUCCCUUACAAAUUAUAAUGACAAGAUCUUGAUGUACAUGUAGGACCCUUCUAUCACAGCUGUUCUGUGUAUUGUCAAUGGUAAUUAAUUGUUGUUCUGCUUGUUUUUGGGUAUGGUAAUUUGCCAUUUGAGAAACAAGAAGGGAACCAGAGUUUGGGAACCAAAAUUUAAGACCAAGACUUAAAAAAAAAUUUCUCCGGAAGACGAAACAGAAAGAAAAAAUGACAAAUAGAAAUCCGGGACCCGUCAGCAAAAAGAAUUUGAACCUCCGAGACCCAUCAAUAAUGCUUCCAAGAUUUCGAGAUCGGGCCAAAAUUUUUCAAAGAACCAUUCUAUACCCCUAAAUGCAUUCUGCAAUAACACUGAUACUAGGGUUCUAGAGACUCGCUGGUCAGCUAUGGGCCAUUUUUUCCCUGUUCCUGGUAACAGUCCCAAAAGAAUUUAAAAGUUGGCCUACACAUAGUUUCCUUCUUGUUUCUAAAGUGGUGAAUGUAUGAUUAUAAUCAGUUCGAAACAAAGUGGUAGGAAAUUAUAACCAAGUAUAAAAUAAAAUCACAACAAAAUGAAUUUUUUUUUUAGUUGCCUAGUGUAUUGUCUUUACCUGGCCCCAGGUGUUCAAAAGCUGCAUGGAUAGUGCUAUCCAUCGGAUAUAUCACCAUCAAGCAGUCUGAUAAGUAUUAGGGAACGCAAUUGCACCUUUCACUGAAUAGAGAUAUUUAUCCCAAGGCUGAUGCCUAAGAAAACUUUUUGGGCCCUUCAGGCUCCUCAAAUAAAAAGUUAGGAGCCCAAGCCACAUUUCUAGGAGCCCAUUGAUAGAUAACCUUAAAUAAGUAAGCAGAUACUCGAAACUCAAUUCACGAGUCUCAAAAUUCAAUUUGUUCGAGUUUUGAAUUUGUUUGUCUACCUUUAGCAGCAGAAUUUUUUUCCCUACGGUCAACGAACACACAUUUUACGUUUUCUUUUCAAAAGAGCAAAAUGAGGCAGGGAAUUCUGUCCCUCUUUCAUUGGAAGUAGGCAUAGAGGCUAUUGCGAUAAGAUUCAUAAGUUUAAGUACGUGUGCAGGCUCCUUGUUAAAAUUUAAGUGUCCCACGAGGAAAUUGUAGGAGCCUGUUAGGCUACACUUUUGUAUCCGGUGGAUUAAGUGCUAUCCACCUUUAAACAACUGGGACCUGAUGUAUUGUAGUCUAAUGAUUAUUAUUUUGUAGUCUAUGUAUGUGAUUUAUGUGGUUUAUUUUCUUUUAUUUCUUUGUUCAAUCCACUGCAGUCUGAUGCUGUCAAAGAUUUUCAAGGUCAACUAAUAUCAAAGGCUAAGGAGGUUGACCAACUCAGGGUAGACCUUCAAAAUAUGGAGGUAUUUUAAUAUUUUAUAAUACAAUGUACAUUUCUCACACCUUCAGCAAAGUUUUGUUUUGCACUAUGAGGAUUUUUCUUAUUAAUUACUACAUUAGGAUGCUAAUUAGUUUUAUUUUUCUAUAAUAUGAUAAUAAUUGUAUUAUAUAGAAAAAAAAACAAUUAUUAUUGAUUGGGAGAACAAGUUUGAUCAUUUAGUUCCUAAAAUGUUACUGUACAUGUAUUAAAUGAGGAAACUGACACCUUUCUCUUAAUGUCCACUCAACACUAUUUAAGAAAAAUUAUUUGCAUGACUUCAUAUAUGUUAUUAAUCAUAAACAGCAAAUUAUUUCUGACAGCUUUAUUGACCAGACACUUUUGAACUUUCAGUUCAAAAGUGUCUGGUCAACACAAUGACACCGAAACGUCAUUUCAUUUUAUCUGCGUUUUUUUUUAAACUUGUUUUUGUAUUAUGCUCAAUGUCAAGUCUAUUACAACAUUAUUAAAAGUGGCUUAUAACCCUGCUUAUAAUAAUAUAAGUAAAUUUUUAACAUAGACAAAAUAACGUUUAAUUUUCUUAUUUAUAAAAUUUUGCAGCUCAGGGAUGAAGAGAUGUUUUCUAGAUUUUUAAAAAAACCAGGAUCACCAGUUAGGACUACUUUCUCUACUAGUCAAUUGUAAGUAAUCAAUCCUGUAUUUCACACUCGUACCUUUUAACUGUAGACUGGGAGAAAAACUACAUGUUGUUGUUGUUGUUGUUGUUGUUUUUAACUUGGUACAUUUUGCACCUUUAAGAGAAAUGGGGCAAUUGCAUGAUUCAUGACAAGAAGAAAGCAAACACCAAAUUAAUUCUCAACUCACCUGUAGAGGUUCAACUGCAGGUUUACAGUUUGAAGAACUUAGUCUGUUUAUGGCGCUCUUUUUUACUUGUUUGUUUGAUAGAUGUAAAAACAUGCGCAAGCUCACACUUUCUUCAGUCGCUUGCAACCAGAAAGUAGAAAGGCUUUUGUCCAGUCUAAAAAAGUUCUGAAUGAGUUUAUCUUUAUAAUAUUAUAUUAAUUUCUCUAUUAGAUAUUAUUAUACACCAAUGUAUUAAAUUAAUAAUAGUUAUUAUAACAUCCUCUGUCAGGAAUUUUACACAUGCUCAUUAAUUGUGCAAAUAAGAGUAAACUCCAAGCAAUUUUAACUUUAAAAUCUGUAAGUACAAUGAUAUAGAAUUUAGGACAACCUUUCGAAGCAAGUUGUUGUGCUGCAGUAAACAAGGACAUGGAGAAAAUUUGAAGCUGUAGAUGAAAAAAAAGGCUUAAUAGUCAAAAAAUGCAAACAAAGCCAGCUUAGCUUAUUUCCAAGUUACACAUGUGCAUCCCUGCCAUCAGUAGUAAUAAUUCAAGUACCUAUUACAAACAAGGUAGCUUGCUGGCUUUUCUGGAAACUUGCGCCAACUUUCUUUAUCAAUUACUGUUGCAUGUCAUAAUUAUUUCAGUCCCAGUGUUAGCACUGCCUUUGUUGGACCGGUAAGAACUGGGGGCCUGGGUGCCAGAACAGCUGGCUACAGUACAAUCUCUGGUACUGGAAAUACUGGAACUGUGUUUGGACUUCGAGAAUCGAGUGCACAGACAGAUGACUUAAGAAGAAAAUUAAAAAUGGUAAGCUAUAGAAAUUCAAGAACAAAAUUAGCAAAUUAAAUCUCUAAUAAUUACUUAAGCUAAAACUGCAUUGACUUCAUAAUUAAGCAUAAUUAUUUGCAUAAUUGUAAUUUAGAGAGAUAGUACAUGUAUGGGAAACCAAAGAAAAUUUAGAAUCUUUUUGUUUGACCUUAAGAUCUUAUGACUCAUUUUGUGGAGUCUCAAGCAUGUCAGAUUUUUAAGCAUCGUAACUGGAAAGUCCUAUAAUUUUCAAGCAAGGUUUCAGCAUCUGGCAAGUCUCACAGCCUCCCUUUGAUGUGGUAAUAUUGUUAUUUCAAUCUACAAGAACCAAAGCUAAUGCUCAAGCUUCAUUGACAUAAAUUACAGACAACAGAACUUUGUGCAAAACAAGAUGCCUAUUACCGAGAAGUGGUCAGUGAACUGGAGAAUCGACUCAAGGAGACCAUAGCAGGGAGGGAUCAUGUCCUUGCUCUCAGGUAUACAAGCAUUUGACUGUGUGGUACGUUGUUCAAAAGGUUGAUAUAGGGAAAUCCAAUAGAUAAAUCUCUAUCCAGUGGAUAACUCAAUAGGAUUCCCUAAUACUUAUCCACUGGAUAGUGAUUUUAAUGUUAGUUAGAUUAAGUGCUAUCUUCUCCCAACUACCUCUGUAGGAAAUGAAUAGGGGCAACAAAUGAGAAUUCAAAUUCCAGUGGAUAACUCAAUAGGUUUCCCCUAAUACUUGUCCACUGGAUAGUGAUUUUAAUGUUUGUUAGAUUAAGUGCUAUCUUCUCCCAACUACCUCUGUAGGAAAUGAAUAGGGGCAACAAAUGAGAAUUCAAAUUCCAGUGGAUAACUCAAUAGGUUUCCCCUAAUACUUAUCCACUGGAUAGUGAUUUUAAUGUUUGUUAGAUUAAGUGCUAUCUUCUCCCAACUACCUCUGUAGGAAAUGAAUAUGGACAACAAAUGAGAAUUCAAAUUCCAGUGGAUAACUCAAUAGGAUUCUAUGCUACGCCAAACGUGACAAAAUAUCAAAGAUGUAACUUUAUAAUUCAAAUCCACCAAAUUACUAUCAAGAUCGAUAAAAUUAACAUCAAUUUGCUUUUUGAAUGUGUCAAGAUUGUAGAAUUUAAUUUCAAUUCCCACGUGUUUCAUGUCAUGUAUCAAGAGACACGUUUUCUAAAUCAAGAUGCAUGUUUUUUAAAUCAAGAAGGGAGACGAUAAUUUUUGAUCAGUUUUGUUUCCGAGAGGGACUGAAACCGAGCACACAGGUUGGAAAUCAAGGUUCAAAAGGUCUAAAAGUAUUGAUGGGCCUGCACGACUCCUGCAGUUCGCAAAUAGAUUGGUCUUAAAACCUUUAUAGUUUAGCUCCUACUUGAGUGUCUUUUACGGAUUUUCCUUUGCGAUAUGAAAUGAGGGGAGGUUCCUUAAAGAUGUUUCUGAGAUAUGGUUGGUUCUGUAUAAGGUGCCAUUUCCCCAUGAGUAUGUUCUUGAGGUUGGGCAACGCAGGGUGGUAUUGCGUUACAAAGGGUAGUAUUUUCUUACUUGCAUUUUUGUUUCUCUGUUCUAGUGCUUUCUUUCUGUCUGCGAAAAUGACCUCUGAGAGAUGUUUUUGUACAGUUGUAGCUGGGUAAUCUCUAUUCUUGAGGCGUGUUGAAAAAUUCCUCAUGUUCUCUUCAAAAGUGAUUUCAGAGGAAUUUGUUCCUAGAAGCCCUUUGAUGAAGCCUUUUUGUGACGCCUGGUGGGUGACACGAAUACAAAUGUAUUGGAAUGUUUCUGUAGGCUUGAAGUGUGUUCGCACGUCAAGGAUAGAAUCCUUGUUGAAUCUGACACCUUUGUACCUUUCGUAUCCAAGAAUGUAGUCUCUGUUUCUGAAAUUUCAGCCGUGAUAGAAUUUGAUUGUAGGAUGGAAGUUGUUUGCCUGUAGAAGGAAUUCUUCUAUUUCGUUUCUGCUUGUGUCCCAUACUAAUAUGACGUCAUCGAUAUAAACCUUUUCCAAAAGAUGGGCUUAAUGCUGCUCUGUCUGAGUAUUUCUUUUUCUAUUUUGGCCAUGAAGAUGUUUGCAAUUCCAAAGGCUACGGCCAUUUUCGUGUCCAUGGCUGUUCCAUGGGUUUGAAGAUAAUCUUUCAAGUUAAAUUGGACCGCGUCAGUUUCUUGUAGUAUCAGACUAAGCAUUUAGGAACUGGAGGGUUUCCUUGGUGAAAUUCUUCGUAUGCAAGGCAUACAGUGGUAAUACCCUCUCGUUGUGUGUUUUUUUUUUUGUAUUGUGACGUCCAUUGAAACAUGUAUGGCACUUUAAGCAGUUUAAUCCUCUCGAUCAAGUUAAUAAAGUCUGUCGUAUCUUUAAGAUACGAAGCUUGUAGUUGUGCUAUUGGCUGAAUAAGGUGGUCAACAAAUGCUGAGAUCCGUUCUGUAGGUCCGUAACACCCUGAUAUAAUAGGUCUUCCGACAGGUGUCGGUUUGUGGAUUUUAGUAAGUGUGUAAAACACGAGGAUUCGCGGAGGAUAGGGCGUAAGGGAGAGCCAUUUAGCCGUCGUUUUAUCAACGUGGCCUUCUGAGAGCAGCAGUGUUUUAAUAAGUGGUUGAGCUUUUUUGGUUGUAGUUUCAACCAUUGGUUUGUCUAGAGGUCGGUAGUUAUUUAAAUCAUCAAGCAGAAUCUGACCUUCGUUAGUUUGUCCUGUCUGCUCAUCAAUACGGUGGUGUUUACCUUUAUCAGAUUUCUUAAGAAUAAUGCUUUUGAUGCGCGAUAACUCUUUGACAGCUUGGCGCUCUCCCGUAGAUAUAUUAUCUUUUGGCUUGUCAAAUUCAAUACUUGCGAGCUCUAAUUUUACCUCCUCUAGGAAGGUCUCCAGAGCUACAGAUAGCUGGACUGGUGGUUCACAGUCCGACUUCACAUGGAAAGGAUAAGGUUCGUUUUCUUCCUCGUGAAAAAUAUAUUAUAGUCGCAUUCGUCUCGCAAAUUGAUUGAAAUCAGCGAGAAGCUGGCGCCUGAUAAGAUUUUCUUUUGUCAUGGGUGUAGGGAUAAACUUUAGACCACGCGAUAGUAGAGUAAUUUGCUUAUCUGUCAGUUGUUCAUUUGACAGCUUUUUGAUAUACUGUUUGCGUGACUCAAUGGCGUUAAAAAAGCGCUUUUUGUCUUUGAUUCUUCUCCGCUCUUUUCUUUUGCGGUUUUUGGCCGCUUUGUUAUCUCUGCGGUUUGCUUUCCCUUUCCCGUUACUUCUAAGGAGUCUGAUAAGAGACAAGAGUAAGAUUCACUUUGUUUAUUCGCACACACUUGUGAUCUCAUUUGUUCUACUGAAUACAUCGACUUCGCUAAUCUUGGUCUUCAAUUUACAUUGUCAUCUUUGUUGACAGUUUUCUUUCUGGCCGGUGAUUGCGUUUUCUGGUGAGACGUCUGCUUAGUAUUCCUAUAUUAUUCCUUACAGUAUUCCUGCAAGAUUUAUACUGUUCGAGUUUACGAAGCUUGUUUGUUAAUCGUUCUGCGCGCCUGUAGUGAUAUUUCACCAGCGCUUCUACGAGAGCCUGUUCUGCUUUCUUUCUGAUCGAGCCUAUCUCGUUCUUAAAUCGCCGCCUCACUUCUUCGUCAGGUGUUGACUCGUUUGAGAUGUGUUAACUCCUUGUGCUGCUCGAAUGAUUCUUCUGACAAGUUCUUCGAUUCCUUCCUCCGCCAUGUCGAACGCGGGAGGGCGGGAAUGAGCAAGAAAGGGCGGGAUUCUUCAUGGAGCAGUUCAUGGAUCAUGGCAGAUUUUUCGGUUUCAGUCCCUCUCGGAAACAAAACUGAUCAAAAAUUGUAGUCUCCCUUCUUGAUUUUAAAAACAUGCAUCUUGAUUUAGAAAACGUGUCUCUUGAUACAUGACAUGAAACACGUGGGAAUUGAAAUUAAAUUCUACAAUCUUGACACAUUCAAAAAGCAAAUUGGUGUUAAUUUUAUCGAUCUUGAUAGUGAAUUGGUGGAUUUGAAUGGUAAAGUUGCAUCUUUGAUAUUUUGUCACGUUUGGCGUAGCAUAGGAUUCCCUAAUACCUAUCCACUGGAUAGUGAUUUUAAUGUUUGUUAGAUUAAGUGCUAUCUUCUCCCAACUAGCUCUGUAGGAAAUGAAUAGGGACAACAAAUGAGAAUUCAAAUUCCAGUGGAUAACUCAAUGGGUUUCCCUUAUACUUACUUACUUACUGGAUAGUGAUUUUAAUGUACAUUAGAUUAAGUGCUAUCUGAUGUUUGAACAACUACAGCCAGAGGUUCAAGUCUUUACUCUAAAAUACAUGUAUACAUGGCUAGGGUGAAUAAUAUAUAAAUCGUUUUUCAGUGGUAUCAGCUUCAAUCUAUGAUGGAUGGUCCUUUGAUUUGACACUGUUUGUAGAGUGAUGUACUUGAAUAAAUUUUUAGCUAGAAACGUGUGUCUGCUUAAAGGAGGUAUUUUUUGCUGUUUAAUUCAUAAUCAUGGUCUUGACCUUGUCCUCUGACAUUAGCCAGUCUACAGUAACAUUUACUUGAUUAUUUCUUUGUAUGCAUGUCUUUAAAGGGAAAAUGAGGCAGCAGGUCAAUUGCAAUUAAUUCAUCAACUGGAAGCUUCACUGCGGAAGCAACAGCAGAUCAUAGAGGAAAAGGAUGAGGUAUCCCCUCUACAGUGAACAUUAGUGCUUAAAGGGUCUGAGUCAAGACUGGCUUGUCAACAAUGCCUACAAUGCCAAUUGCACCUCCUUAUUCACUAUGGAAAUUUUAUUGAGAAAUUACCCCUUUCAGCCCUAAGAGUGAUCAGCUUCAAAUUUCUCCUUGUAAUAUCAAUGCUUUGUUAAACAGAGUGGUCAUGAGAAUUACAGACAUGAUCACACAAGAUGAAUUUGCUUGAUAUUUUAUCAUCUUCUCCCCACUACUUCUGUAGGAAACAAAUGGGGGCAACAAACGAGAAUUCAAUUUUUGAUCUCAGGGUUUAAAGCUUCGUGACAAAAAAAUGUGUUUCCCAAGCAUUAUAAACUUUGAAAAGCUGUAGGUAGGCCAACAAGUUUUUAAGAUCUACAAUUGCAAUCCGUUUCAAUCUUCUUCAUGUUUUUUUAUCGUGCUUCUUUUCUAUUUGCUGUGUUGUUAUUAUUUUGGUACCUUCUUUUUAUGUUGUUAGCAGUAUCUUUUCAUGUUGUAGAGAGUUGGCCGUUGCUGGAGGUUCGACUUUAUUUUUUAAAAAAAUUUUCACUCGUUUGGUUGCUGUUACCACUGUUUAAAUUUUGAUAAAUUUCAUCAUACAGCUUCCUUAACAGCUGUGUGUAGAUACAAAGGCCAAUAAAAAAUACACCUCGUGACUUAGCUGUUUUCCUCAGGUUUUAAAUUCUACGCAAUCUAGUGUCAAAAAUCUGGAGGAAGAUCUAGUUGCUCACAAGUCGUUCCUGGAUAAGAUCAGAAGAAUAGCUCUAGAGGAAGAUAAGAAGAGAUUCCGAUCAGGCUUAAUUACGAGUGCGCUGGAAAACACCCUUGCUGUUGGUCAGUUUGGAGACGCUUUAGUGGAACUGAUCCAAAAGUGUCUGUUUGAUGAUGAUAAGGAGAAGAAGGCACUACAAUCGACACUAGAAAGGGUAAACAAAAACAAACAAAACAAACCACAUAGUGUCCACAGACAAGUCAUCCUCUAAUAGAGUGUUUUCACACGACGUUACGGCAGCCAUAUUUGUGUCCAAAAACAAUGAAGUGGCGGCCAUAUUGGUGUCCCAAACCAGUCCUGUGGGAGUUGAACUCUUUUCUUAUGCAAACGCUUUCUUUUGUUCCAAUAAAUGUGCAUAGAUGUUGGCCACGUGAGUGAAAACACUCUAUAAAAUUUUCAACUAAGACCAGCAAGAAGUGUCCCCGGGCAAGAAAAAAUUAAUGUGGAAGUACUUGCCCAAGGGACAAGCUGGAAUUCGAGUUUUUCGAGCUCUGUAGGUUGCUUCGAAAUUUACAACUUUCCCAGUUUUCUUGGUAAUUGGUUUUAUCGGAGUUCUACUGUCGAUACUGCUACUAGCUUGUGGAUUUUGAAUCGGAGGCGACUAGUGUUUUUGAAGCGUGUUUUUUGUUUCUAUGGAAAGGUUGAAGCAGAAUUAAAAAGCAAUAAAGAACUCAGUGACAACAAGCUAGAGGAACUACAAAAAGAAUACAAGGCGAGGUAAAAACCAAGAUGUCAUCAUUAUAAUAUUUCCCCCAAAUAAUGUACCGUAAAAUUCCGAAAAUAAGCCCUGGGGCUUAUAUUUUUCAAAGGCCCUUUUUGAGGGGCUUAUUUUUGGAGGGGCUUAUAUUCCGUUUCGGAGAGGCUUAUCUACGGAGGGAAAUUUGCGUUUCAAAAUCGAUUGGGCUAGCCUUAUAGUUGGAGGGAAAUUUACCGUUUUUGCUUUGUUUUACUUUGUAUUUUAGGGCAAUUUCCAAGUACACCCCCCGUAAAAUUCCGGAAAUAAGCCCCGGGGCUUAUAUUUUUCAAAGGCCCUUUUUGAGGGGCUUAUUUUUGGAGGGGCUUAUCUACGGAGGGAAAUUUGCGUUUCAAAAUCGAUUGGGCUAGCCUUAUAGUUGGAAGUAAAUUUACCGUUUUUGCUUUGUUUUACUUUGUAUUUUAGGGCAAUUUCCAAGUACAACCCCCCCCUAAAAUUCCGGAAAUAAGCCCCGGGGCUUAUAUUUUUCAAAGGCCCUUUUUGAGGGGCUUAUUUUUGGAGGGGCUUAUCUACGGAGGGAAAUUUGCGUUUCAAAAUCGAUUGGGCUAGCCUUAUAGUUGGAAGUAAAUUUACCGUUUUUGCUUUGUUUUACUUUGUAUUUUGAGGGUAAUUUUCCAAGUACAAGCCCUCGGGUGGCAUAUAUUUGGAGGAGCAAUUUAACGGAGGGCUUUUUGCGUUACGAGCUUGGGGGGCUUAUAUUUGUAGGGGCUUAUACAUGGAGGGCUUAUUUUCGGAAUUACGGUAAUCCCUCUUCAGGAGACACCAGUGCAGUCACUAUGCGGGCGUCCUGUAGAGGACUAAUCCGCCUUAUGGAGAGUCAAAGAAAAUGGCUGCAGAGAAGGGCAGGGACCAAAUCUGGGUUUCAUUUUAAGGAGAUGUCCCCCUUAUAGGGAGAUAAACAAAAUGGCUGCAGAGAAGGACAGGGACCAACUCCUGUUGUCCAUUUUACAGGGGUGUCCGCCUUGAAGAGAGUCAAAGAAAAUGCGUGAAGAAUAUCAUGGACCAAUUCUGGGUGUCUAUUUUAGGGAAAUGCUGAUUUUAUGAAGGUGUCCGUUUAGUGCGCGUUUAUUGACCCGGCUUCAGUUGUUGUAAAAGUGGAUAACGCUAUCCACUGGAUAACGCAAUUGGUUAAUAUUUUCUUGUGUCUAGAAUCUCAAAAUUGGAAGAGGAGCACAAUCAAGCUUUAGAGCUAUCUGCCAACAGAGGAGCACUUGUUAGAAAAGAGCUGGAAGCUUUGAAAGAAGAAACGGAUAAACUCAAGUAUGUGAACUGUCAACAAUUCCUCCUUAGCAUUUAAAUUGUUGUUUGGUAGCCUGUAAACACGAACUAUAUAAUUAUAUGUCUCUAGUCUCUAUUCAUGCAAUGAUAUUUGUCUUAUUUUUAGGGAACAGCAUCAAAUUGAAGUCUCAGCCAUGGAAAAUAAAGUCAAAAGUCUGGAGGUAGAACUGGAUAAGACAAGAAAAACGAGUUAUGAAACAACGGUACCAUUAGAAGCCAAGGUUGGUCUAAUUGAAGGAGGGUCUAGUUGCUUUUAAAACGGUUAAAAUUAUUGGUCUACUCUUUCCAAAAGACUUCCUUCUGAAACCAAAACCACCCUUCUGCAAUGUUCACCUCUUCUAGCGGUUUCUUUGCAUCGACCACCUCAGCCUUUCUACACAGUCUCUCUCCUGGCAAAGGGUUCCCAGACGAUCUGUUGGCGUAACUGGUUAUAACGCGAUAUAUGUGAUGGAUCAAUGAUGCCCACCCUAGAAAAAUGUUUACCUGUCAGAGGCAUGCAGUCAUCUCUGAACAACUCAGCCCCGGGGGGUACUCCUUGGAAUUCUUGGUGGGGGUAUGCCGCCCGUUUCUCCAAAUCCUGACCCUAUUUCAGACCCGAAAAUGUAAUUUUCCACACCCAUUUUCAGACUUGCCUAAGUGCAGACGUGUCCUAUUUCCUUUGGAAAUAGGGCACGUCUGCAUGCAAGCAAUUUUCAGACCAGACCUCUUAAAUCCACAUCCGUUUUCAAAGCUGGCAUUUAGGCAGAGAUUAAGUCAUCAAAACUUACAUUAGAGCGCAAACAAAAAAAUUCUUCAAAUGCAUUUCGCAGUGGUUUCGAAUUCGCAUAUUUCUAUUAAUUUCCUUCGUAUUCAUUUGGAAUUCAACCGAUAACUACGUUCAUACACUCCCGUAGUUCCCGACUUAAAUGGGCAAAGUGUAUACCCGUUUUCAGAGCAAAAAGGCCCAAAACUCCUACCCUUCCGGGCGGCACAUACUUAUAUGGAUUAUAUAAGGGAGUACCCCCCAGGACAACUCACAACUUUUUUUAUAAUCUUAACUGUUUAAACCUCUUAAUUUUCCGUAAUAAUAUCUUUAACGAUGAAAGCGCAAACAGGGCGCGUGUCACAUAAAAGCAUGGUACACCUUUGCUUGUGCACCCCUUUCUCCAAAUUUACAUUACCAGCCACUGUUUCCCAUUUCUCAGGACUGCGCAUUGCAGUCGUCCCAAGUGUGAGGGUGCAAACAAGGUGGUGGCUUUUGAAACUCCUAUUAAUAUGGCAUCUUUCUAUAGAUCGUUUUCACUGUCACGUAACAAAGAAAUGAAUUGGAAUCCGUCCAGUGGAAGAAGCCAAGAAAAUGAAAUGUUAUAAAAGACUAACAUAUAAACAAUUUGUCCAAGUCUCAGGUCUUUUUGGCCCACAGUUUCUGAGUUAUUUGCCGAAACGUUCCACUCACCUUUGUAGAGCUUUGUAUGGAGACGACAUAUAUUGGUGUACCGUUUUGGUGCACCAAUAUAAGGCCGCCGGAAAUCAACAAAACCAUUUGGAGUUCACUUUUUCUAUAAAAGCUCGUUCUUUUCACUCGAGAACUAGCAUACGUGUGCUUAAACAUAUCUUCUAAUACUUGAAAUGGUUAUACUGCUGAAAAUCAAGAGGAGAGAAACCAUCUAUAUGUUUGAGGGAAAUCAGUUCACCAAGAGUACACUACUUUGAAGAACAGGGAUCGCGCUUAGACUGUAAGCACUUAAGGGAAGGCGUGGGGUUUUUGGUCGCAUGAUUCUAAUUGGUACUGUCCACGGUUCUGUUCAAGCUGAAAACUUUAUCCGAGACUUUUCUUAAAUUUUUUUUUCUGCUUUCCUUCCAUAGUGCAAAGAACUAGAAUGCUCCGUUAGAGAACUGAAGACUGAACUUCAAGUUGCUAAAGAAGAGCAACAGUCGCUGUUCACUCGACUAUCGCAAGAGCAGGCAAAUGUGAUUACACUGAACGAAAAACUCAGUACAGCAGAAAAAUAUCGUCUACAAUCAGCGGAGAGGACGGAAUCUUUAUCUAAGGAGUUGACAAUUCUUCGAGAUAAACACAACGAAGAAACAAACAGUCUACGCGAUAUUGUUUCGGAAAAGGAACAACUUGUAAAGGAAAUUCGCUUAGAGAUGACAAAACUUAGAGAUCGUGAAGUUGAAAAAGCGAUUAAUGAAGAAAAGGAAAAGUCAAACACUCGACUUGAUGGAAUAUUGAACGAGUUAACGAAGUCGAAUCACAAUAUGUCUAAUCUGACAGCCAAUUUGCAAGCUAAGGAAGCUGAAUUGUCUAAGCAACAUGAUGAGAAUGUCAAAAUGAAAAGUGAUUUGCAGCUUAGAACUAAGGAAAUGAACCUCAUCAGAGAGGAAAAAUUGCAUUUAGUGGAAGAACUCGAGAAGCGGCGGGUCGAGGUCUCAGAUUUGCAAAGGCAAUUAGAAGAUCUAAAGACCACGCUAGCGUUAAAAGCAAAAGGUUUAGUGGAAGCCGAAAGCUGCGUUGAAAAACUUCACACCCAGCUAAACGAGAGAGAAAAGACAAUAGCCAGUUUUCAAGCGCAGGGUACUAAUCUAGCGGAGAUAAUAGAAAGGAACAGCCAAACAGGCGACUCUCUACAGCGAGAAAGAGAGCAGUUGAUUCGAACGUUGGAAGAGAGAAUCAGCGAAGUCGAAGAAAUGAAGAGCCAUCGCGAGAUUCUAGCCAAGAAGUUAAGGGCUAAAGACAAACGAGUCAAAGAACUGGAAGAGGAAAAAACUUCUACGUCGGACAGUUUAAAAAUUAAGCAAGAAGAACUGGAUGCUUUGAUGGAAGAUAGAAGCAACAUAAUGGCGGAGUUGAAGCUGCGUCAGGUGGAAGUGACAAAGUUGAAAGACGAGAACAGUUCAUUGAGUUCACUAGUGGAAGGAAAGCAUGGAGAACGAGAGAAAGAAAUUAGUAAAUUACUAUCGCGACUAAAAGGUAAGUCAACUUUCAUAAACAAGCCAAAAUGCUUAACACUUAACGUAUGUAGUCGAUAAAACGCCGCGGCGACGGGUUAAUUGAAUUUUUAGGGUUUCCAAUGCGGCGUUUAUUCGAGGGCGGGGCGCGCCCCGUGUCUUUCUCGCAUAUAUUUAAAAAUUACAUUCUCAGUAAAUCACUGGCAACAAUUCUUUGCGGUAAAUCAUUUGUAAAUAUUUAUGUAAAACAGAACGAUGUUUAAAGUGCCAAUGUCUCGCUAUUUGCUGAGAUAGCAUCGUAGUUGUCUGGUUGGCGUAGAUUACAAAGUUGUACCGAGAUUUUUUCUUAUAAUCCUCGAAUAGACGCCCCUUUUUUUCUGAUUGGAUGCGGCUUUUAUUCAAGGGCGUCGUUUAAUCGAGUAAAUAGGGAGCUUAAGCAGCGACGUUUUUGAGCGGCGCACGUCAACCGGAAGUGAGCUAUUUUCCCUCUUAACAUGCCUUGAUGAUAUAAAAUUUGUAUUCCUUAGCUUCUUUACUGUUAUAGAGGCGAUUUGACUGAAAAUUUGCGCGAAACCACCGUCAAAAAAUGAAAAAAGGCCACUUCCGGUUGACGUGCGUCGCUCAAAAACGUUGUUGCUUAAGCUCCCUAAUACGGCGCUGGAGCACAUCAGUCAUGCUUAUGUUGACCCAGAUGAGUAUCCUCUCAUCAGUUCCACUGUUUGCAAAAAAAAACAAGAGUUGCAAAAUGGAAUUGAAACUCUCUCUUGCAGGAGUACUGACGAGGUUUCUUUAAGUAAGUGGAAAAGAAGACCCUUGUUCUUCUUUACUUAAAGGGAUAGUGUUAUUGCAGUUUAGACCGUUUUUGUUUUCGUUUGUGUUUCUAAAAGCGAUUAUGAACAUAUUCCAUUGGUGUUCUAGCUGAUUAGGACCAGAUUUGAAAAAAAUCGUUGUAAUUUGUUUUCGAUUUAAUUUUCUAAAGGUUCAGAGCAGGACUUGGCCUUGACACGAAAACUUCUUAAAACAAAGGGCGACAUGAGUGGCAAAGGUAAACCAUCUUCCGUUAUUUAUUAACUUAGAGCACUGCACUGCAGCGCUAACGCAGAGGCCAUGGCUUCGAAUCCCGUUAAAGUCCCGAAAAUUUUUUUUCGGGUUGAUUUGCAAUUGCUUAAAUUGCAAUUACCACUGCGACGAUCAUAUCUUCAGUUAAUAUUUGUAUUUUAGCAGUUCACUUCAUCUUCGAAUGUUACAGUAUUCUCCCCCGGGGGGGGUACUCGCAGAAAAAUUGGGUAGGGGUGUGCGGCCCGCUUCCUAAAACCCUUACCCUAUUUAUGACCAAAAUCUGCGAUUUUCCCUACCCUAUUUAUGACCAAACCAAAAAUUUGAUACCCUAUUUAUGACCUGACCCUUAAAUCAAUACCCUGUUUCAGACCUGCCUUAUAAUUAUUUCUCUAGUUCAGACCAAUGUUAAAGGUAAUGUUUAUCUGCUUUUAUUAGGUUAGGGGGACAUGAUAAGGAAGUAGCUUCUUCUAAAAAAGUGCAUUCAAGACUACAGUGUAAAAAUCGUUACCCUAUUUAUGACCAAAAUGGCGGCAAAAUAGCCAAAAUCGAUACCCAAUUUAUGACCAAAACGGCUGAAAAACCCUACCCUUUGGGGCCGCACAUACCUAUAUAGCCCAUAUUAGGGAGUACCCCCCCCCCCCGGGUAUUCUCCCCACAUCAUUAGGGAGCUUAAGCAACGACGACGGCAACGGCCACGGAAAACGUCACUUAAAAUGUGAAUUUGCGCUGCCUCAAACUUUACUGCGCUUAUUCCAUCUCGUUUAAUUCGUCAAAUGUUGGCAAAUUUUUUUGGAGUUGAAUUCUAAAGGACUGUAUCAAAGUUUAGGAAAAGAAAAGGAAAGUUGUUGUCUGGUGUUCCCGUCCUCGACAAAACGUGAAAUUAGGCACUUUCACGUUGUAGUCGUGCAACGACGGUAAAGAAAUGUACAAAAAAGGGUGAUUUUGCCAAUCUAAACCUAUUACGUUAUUGACGUUCUCUUUGACGUCGCCGUCGUCGUUGCUUAAGUUCCCUAUUGAUCCUGGCAACGCAACACAGGGUAUUUUCACAUGACCUUGGGGUGACCAAAUUGGUUUUUCUUUUUUUUUUGGAAUUUGCAGAUUUUUUGUCUCCCUUACAGCUUUCAGGUCGAAAAUUCGAGGAAUAUUUUUGCCCAGAAGGGUAUCGCUCAGGAUUUUGUAGAAAAAAAUUAUCCAUACAUAAAAAGAAAAUGCGGUUGAAAAGAUUUUGGUUUCACUAAAACUGUUCGAGGUGGAAAAGUAAUAUGUCUACCCAUAAAGGUAUUGCUCAGGGUUUCGCGGAAGAAGUAGCCAUAUAUAUAUAUAUAUAUAUAAAAAUAAUAAUGCCAUCAUACUGUGUUGGAGUAAUUGGCCUCCAUUAGUGGUCACAUAAAAGUCUGAGCUCCAUUGAAAUCUCUUACUUAUCGUACCCUCUUUUAAGGUGGAUUUCCACUGUGGCGUUAUAUUAUCGUGCGUACACGCGUAAAAUUCACUUGCGUAAAUAGAAUAGUAUGAAACGUUACGCUUAGAGGAAAUAGUUGAAGCAAGGUUCAAUUUGAACUUUUACGUUUACAUGCGACCUUUCAUACAUUGCCCCCAUUAUAUUUCCCGCACCCUUAGUUGACUUUUUGUGCAUGCGAUAGCACGGAUUGAAAUUCUUUUGUUUUUGCAGCUGUUCGAGUAGCAGAGUCCAUGCAGCAAGAAGUGACAGCGAAACGCGGCGAACUAGACGCUUUACAAAACAAGUUAGUGUUCAGUCUGGCUGUACGUGUAUACUUUGUCGAAUUAUGGACUUUCUUUAUCAUGCCAAGACUAUAAUCAUGUGCAGAGAUCAAAACAUGCCUACAUUUUAUAGAAUCACUGUUAUCAGUAGCUGGACAAACUUCUGUCUAAAAAAAUGACUCUAAGAUAUAUCAGAAACCCCUUCAUAUACUUCACAUCUCUUACAAAGCCGCUACGUAAGAAACCGUAAACGUGAAACUCAUGAUAUAAGAACCCCUGAAAGUAAGAACCCUUGGCUCUAACUAUCCCUGGACGUAAGAACACUUGAAUGUAAGAACCCCUCUAGAUUUACAAGUCUCUGGAUAUAAGAACCCCUGAACGUAAGAAACCCUGAACCUAACAAUCCCUAAACAUUACAAACUCUGGAUGUAAGGACCACUGAACGUGAGAAUCCUUCCUGAACGUAAGACCGCUAAACGUAAAACCCCUUGAUGUAAGACCCCUGCUCGUAGGAUCCCUGCUCGUAAAACCCCUGAACGUAAGGACUCGUGCUCGUAAGACCCCUUGAUGUAAGACCCUUGGUCGUAAGACCCCUGAAAGAAAGACUUCUGGAUCCUGGACGUAAGACCUCUAAACGUAAGACCCCUAACCACAAGACCCCUGGAUGUAAGAUCACUAAUCGUAAGGCCCCUGGAUGAACGACGUAUGGUCGUAAGAGCCCUGGUCGUAAUGACCCUGAACGUAAGACGCCUGAUCGUAAAACCUCUAAACGUAAGACCCUGGAUGUAAGACCCCUGAACGUAAGACCCCUGAUCGUAAGACCCCUGAACAUAAAACCCCUGAACGUAAGACCCCUGAUCGUAAAACCCCUGAAUAUAAGACUCCUGGAUGUAAGAUCCCUGGUCGUGAGACACCCAAACAUAAGACCCCAGGAUGUAAGACCCAUUCAUGUAAGAUUCCUCGACGUAAGUCUUCUAAACGUAAGAUCCCUGGUUGUAAGACCGCUGAUCGUGAGACCCCCGAUCAUAACACCCCUGGAUGUAAGACCCCUGGUCGAAACACCCCCGGACGUUAGGCCCCUGCUCGUAAGACCCCUGCCUGUAAUACUCCUGGGCGAUAGGCCUCUGCCUGUAAGAUCUCUGGAUGUAAGACCCUUGGUCGAAACACCCCAGAAUGUAGGACCCCUGCUCGUAAGACCCCUGCCUGUAACACCCCUGGAUGUAAGACCCCCUGAAUGUAAUGCCUAAAAUUUCCUAUUGCUUGAGGACGGCUACAAAUCUCAAAAUGACCGUUCCAUUCAUGUACAGUUUCAAAACUUAUCUAAUAAAUUCGGUACGAUUUUCUGAGGGUUAAUUUUUUACAUUUCACUCCCAAGUAAUGUUGUUUUCGCAGAGAAAGGAAACCUAAAAUUUUCGGAUUCAAAAAUAUGAUUGAGAUAGGAGUCAGAAAAAUUCUCACAUUCGGAAAACGAUCGAAAGUUUUCGGUAAUUUCGAAAAGACUCAAAGUCCCCUAGGAUGACCAAGAGAUACAAAUUUUAUAGCGCCGCUUAGAAUGUAUUUCUAGUGAUGCAAAAGUACUCUGGAUAGCCUAAAAAGUGUUUUCAACGUAUUUAGGAGGAAAUCGUCGUUAGGUGCCCCUGUUAUAAGCUUCUUAAUUUGCUUUCACCGGCUAACAUUCGUUGUUUACUCUUGAUUUCCAGAGUCCAUUGGCUGACCGAAAGUCUUAACACAGCUGCCAAGGUAUGGAAACUUCAUUUUAAAACCCCAAAAAUGUUUCCUUUGAACGAGUCAUUCAUAAGCUUUUUCUGAACAGUCAGAGCAAACGUGCCAAUUAUUGUAGAGCCUGUGUGAUGUUCGAGAGAAAACUGAAUCGCCUUUUACAGGGACCUGGAGACCAGGGUAGAUAGUAGGUCAGAAAAAAAUUCGCCCUCACUUAUAAGCAAUUUACUGACCCCGGAGACUAGGUUACUCGAAACUACCCACCUGAAGUUUCGAGUAACCCCAACGGGGCUGCUGGACUUGGCAACACGCCUCGGCGUGUCACCCAACCUCUCAUAGAAAAGAAAUGAAGUUCUGAAAAGAAUGUAGAAAUAACGGGUUACCUUCCUUAAUCCUUAUCCUCGACCACCAAAUAGGCACAUAACUAUAGUUACCAACGGCGUCAGUUAAUUCAGCCGGAUCCAUAAGUGAAGGUUAUAGUUGUGGUUUUUCUGUGACAUUUUCAGGACGCUCGAUAUUAUGAGAAAACGAGCAGUGAAUUAUCCGAGACUGUGAAGGAAUUGACAGUCGACCGAGAUCAACUGGAAUUUGAGCUAAAGAAGUCCCGACAGCAAUGUGAUGGAUAUAAAAAACAGUUGAACCACAUGGAACAAGCGCUCGAAAAGGUAUCAUACAUUUCCUACGUCAUUUCUUUACAGAACCGCAACGUCACUCCAGAAAGUUGAUUUUGAAUUUGACUUUUUGCUUGAAUGCAUCGUCACACCUAAAACCCCCCAAACCUUUUUUAAGAAACAUUGUAACUUUGGUAAUUCUUAUUUUGCUAAAUACAAGUAGACAACAAUGACUUAAUUCUAUAAUCUCUUUUUUGUUGUUGUAUGAUAAAAUAUUUCUUUUAAAAAUUCUGUGAAUGGUUUGAACCCAGGAGUCAUUUCAUAUAAGAAGAUGGAAUAUGAUCGUCCUGGAGUGUAGUCCAGAAUAGGACUGUUGUUAACAGUGACUGGUGUUUCUACAACCUGUGUCACUGUGGUAGUCAUCUUUAGGUCCAAAAACACUUAUAAAGUACCUUUAAUUUCGUUUGUUCUAGAUGUGCGUUCCCAAGACAAGUUGAAACCUUUUGAGAACCAAUUAAAACAUCACAUUGUCUUUAAACAUUUGUAUUUGGGCACGCCCUAGAAAAUAUCAGUCUCUUGGGUGAUGAGUUUCCCUCAAUGAGUGGCCAAAGCGGCCGACAGGAGGUACCGUAAAAUUCCGAAAAUGAGCCCCUCCAAAUAUAAGCCCCCCAAACCGGUAACGCAAAAAACCCUCUGUUAAAUCUCCCCUCCAAAUAUAAGCCACCCGGGGGCUUGUACUUGGAAAAUUGCCCUCAAAAUACAAAGUAAAACAAAGCAAAAACGGUAAAUUUACUUCCAAAUAUAAGGCUAGCCCAAUCGAUUUUGAAACGCAAAUUUCCCUCCGUAGAUAAGCCCCUCAAAAAGGGCCUCUGAAAAAUAUAAGCCCCGGGGCUUAUUUUCGGAAUUUUACGGUAGUUAUGUCUUGGGUUUGAAUUCUAUUAGAGACCUGCGUUUUGUCGUCGUUACGCAUUCGUGACAAGGUUGAUAUUAGCAUUUCUUCUUUCCCAUUGUUAUUGUUUUUCUUCUUUAUUAUAGGCGGCUUUAAAACAUGCAGAAUCGCAAGGUGUCAUAGAGAAGAUGGAACAAGAAACAGCAAGACUGAAGCUGAAACACUCCCUUGAAAUCAAGGUAAAUGGCAAUUGAAACUUUCAGCUUUGGUAAAUUCGUUACAUUGUGUUAAUAUAUAUUGUCUUUUAACCAAGGAAAUUGAGAGGACCGCGAAAGCUCCUGUUUCCGUUAGACCAGACGCUGCCUCUUUAGUCGAGCUCUUGACGAAACUUAAUUCCGGAUUCAGGUAACUUUAAUACGAACCAACAGAACUUGAGACAUUUGGCGGCAGGGUGUUCAUUUGGCAUCGGAGAUCGGAGAAUUCUCCGUUUACUACGCUGAAUUCUCCGGCUAACGAUUAAUAGCGUAUGACUAUUUUCACGCUGAUGUAGACCUCUUUCAAAAUAUUCUCCUGUAACGUUACACCUUUCUCCUGCUACUAGAAUUCUUAGUGAAAACCCUCGGUUUGGGGGAAACCUUUUAAAGUAGUUAUUACUUUCGGCUUUGCUACCCAAACAAAAACUUGCUAUACAUGGGGUUCAUGUCUUAAUACCGCACCUCCCCUUGGCAAUGUUGGUCCCAAAAAAGAACUGGUCUGCACCCAUCUUCUUCGAAAUUCAGCACUGAUUGGCGGAGAGUAGAAGUGGAUUGUGUUAUCAUAAUGAGGCACCUCGCAACUGUAUAAAAAGCCUCACAGGAUUUGUUGUAAAAACAAUGAUCGAACAAAGUUGGAACAAUGAAACCUAACCCUAAAAGAAAAUAGCUGCCAUAUCUAGGGGUCCAAUAAGAAUUAGAGUUUUUGUCGAGUUGCGCCUGAACUUGUAAUAUCCUCUAUAACAUGCUAUAUAUCAGAUGGAGAAAGGAAAAAGUUUUGACCUUGUGCUAUUGGUUUGUUCUUUCUUUCUUUUGCCAGGUGGCCGCCCCUAACUACCCAAGGGAACUACGGUACCGUUUAUAUGACUGCUAAAGACAAUCCUACUCUUCUUACCCCGGCCCCGAGCUGUUCGCAGCCAAUGAUAGCGGAGCUGGAGACAAGACAACUUCCACAGAGUGCACAAUCUGUCGAGGUGAGACUGGUCUAGUCUACCUGUCCUUCCAUGAUGAGUAAACUAUGCAACUGAUCAUUUAUUCAUCCAUUAUAAUAGAGAGAUAAUAGAGUCACGCGACAAACGUGAAUUUGUGCCACGUGACCAUGUUUACCCCUAACCCUUCUUUAACUGUUCUCUACGCCUACUGCGUGAAUACCUGUUGUAAUAAAAAUACCCCUAAAUACGUUUCCAUGUGUAAAGUUUUCGGGUAGACAGUAUUUUGAAAUGGAGAGUUUAUAUCAAAUUGAAAGUUUCCUGACUGCGUGCAUUUCUUUGGUGCUAGUGAUGGCCGGGACGGUCACAAAAUGUCAACUGUUUUCUCAGGCUACAUUUGAGCACACGGUAUACAUAUAAUUGUCGUGUUUCAUCCAUUUCAGUGAUUUCCUUUAUUCGUAUGUUGUAACAAUAGAAGCUCAUGUUAUGUUACAAUGUGGGUAUCACCCUGCGAGCAGGGCCUCCUGUGGGUUCUUGUGUGAGGAGGAGAAAAGCCUUUCAGGUCGCCGCAGCCCGAACUUCUGGACUAGCCAAUCUUGUUUUCUCUCGUCAAAUUGUUUUUUUUUUCGAGUGCGAGCAUCCGUUUAUUGAUAAACUGAUGGUCACAACUGAGCCGACGUACCAAGCGCACGGCUAUUAGGCCUGAGUUUCGAACUAUAUUCUAGAGACAUGCCGCGCAUGCUCAACAAAGAUCGUACUCGAA